AUGUAUCGUUGCACCGCCGGUAAGCUCUCGCUGAGGGCUGUACAAGCUUCGAGAUCUCUACACACCUCGACAAAAGCCCAGGCUCUGUCGGGCAGCCGUCAGAAUGCCCUCAUUGCCGGCAGGAAACCUCUGGCCCUCGUGGCCCGCGGCUCGCUGCAUCGAAGGAGCUAUGCCAUCGCGGCCGAGGAGUCAAACAAAGGCGUAGAUCCUAAUGAUUCAUUCCUCUCGGGCAAUGCUGCCAACUACAUUGACGAAAUGUACCUCGCCUGGAAAAACGAUCCCUCUUCCGUCCACGUAUCGUGGCAAGCCUACUUCCACAACAUGGAGGAGGGCAACAUGCCAGUGUCUCGAGCGUUCCAACCUCCUCCCGGCCUGAUCUCCCAAGCCGAAGGCGCCGCAGUCAUGGUGCCGAGUGCCGUGGCUCCCGGAACUGACGACGUCACAAACCAUCUCAAAGUACAGUUGCUCGUUCGUGCGUACCAGGCGACCGGUCACCACAAGGCGAAGACCGACCCUCUAGGAAUUCGCGGAGAGGCCGAGGCGUUCGGAUACCGCAGACCGAAGGAAUUGGAGUUGGACCAUUACGGUUUUACCGAGGCCGAUCUCGAUCAAGAGUUUACACUGGGGCCGGGUAUCUUACCUAGAUUUGCCACGGAAACGCGUAAGAAGAUGAAAUUGAGGGAUAUCAUUGCUGCCUGCGAGAAGAUCUACUGCGGCUCGUACGGUGUUGAAUACAUUCAUAUCCCGGACCGAGGACAGUGUGACUGGAUCCGAAACCGACUGGAGGUGGAAACCCCGUACAAGUACUCGGUGGACGACAAGCGCCGCAUCCUGGACAGACUAAUCUGGAGUUCUAGCUUCGAGACGUUUUUGGCCACCAAAUACCCCAACGACAAAAGAUUCGGCCUGGAAGGAUGCGAGUCGCUUGUGCCAGGCAUGAAGGCCAUGAUCGACCGCAGCGUCGACUACGGCAUCAAGGACAUCGUGAUCGGAAUGCCUCACAGAGGAAGAUUGAAUGUUCUGAGCAAUGUUGUCCGCAAGCCCAACGAGUCGAUUUUUAGUGAAUUUUCUGGCACGGCCGAGGCGGGUGAUGAAGGCUCGGGAGAUGUCAAAUAUCAUCUCGGUAUGAACUUUGAACGUCCCACGCCGUCUGGAAAGCGAGUCCAGCUCUCUCUUGUCGCCAAUCCCUCGCAUCUGGAGGCUGAGGAUCCAGUUGUGCUGGGAAAGACCCGUGCGAUUCAACAUUACAACAAUGACGAAAAAAGCCACGAGACGGCCAUGGGUGUGUUGCUCCACGGUGAUGCCGCUUUUGCGGCGCAAGGUGUUGUCUACGAGACUCUGGGCUUCUAUGCGCUGCCCGCAUAUUCCACUGGCGGUACGAUCCACAUCAUCGUGAACAAUCAAAUCGGUUUCACGACCGAUCCUAGAUUCGCUCGGUCGACGCCGUACUGUUCCGAUAUCGCCAAGGCUAUCGAUGCACCUGUUUUCCAUGUCAACGGCGACGAUGUAGAGGCUGUCAACUUUGUCUGCCAGUUGGCCGCUGACUGGAGAGCCGACUUCAAGAAGGAUUGUGUCAUUGACAUUGUCUGCUAUCGUAAGCAAGGCCACAACGAGACCGAUCAGCCAUCUUUCACCCAACCAUUGAUGUACAAACGUAUUUCCCAGCAAAAGCCCCAGAUUGACAAGUAUGUCGAGAAGCUGCUGGAAGAGGGUACUUUUGCCAAGGAGGACAUUGAGGAGCACAAGAAGUGGGUGUGGGGAAUGCUCAACGACAGUUUCGAUCGAAGCAAAGACUACCAACCUUCGGGUCGAGAGUGGUUGACGUCUGCCUGGAACGGUUUCAAGACGCCCAAGGAACUCGCUACUGAAGUGCUCCCGCAUCCGCCGACCGGUGUCAAGUCGGAGAUGUUGACCUUGAUCGGAGACAAAAUCAGCUCGGCCCCGGAUGGAUUCACUCUCCACCGAAAUCUCAAACGUAUUCUUGGAGGCAGAAAGAAGGCUGUUGACGAAGGCAAGGGCAUUGAUUGGCCCACCGCGGAAGCAUUGGCCUUCGGUACUCUCUGUCUCGAAGGUCAUCACGUCCGAGUUUCUGGUCAAGAUGUCGAACGUGGUACUUUCUCUCAGAGGCACGCCGUUCUCCAUGACCAAGAGAACGAGGCGACCUACACGCCACUCACCGACUUGGACAAGAAUCAAGGCGCUUUCACCAUCUCCAACUCGUCCUUGAGCGAGUUUGGAGUCCUCGGAUUCGAAUACGGCUAUUCUCUAUCGUCUCCCAACGCGCUUGUCAUGUGGGAAGCACAGUUCGGUGAUUUUGCCAACAAUGCCCAAUGUAUCAUCGAUCAAUUCAUCGCCUCGGGUGAAGUCAAAUGGUUGCAACGGUCCGGACUGGUCAUGUCGCUCCCUCAUGGUUACGAUGGCCAAGGACCCGAGCACUCGUCGGGCCGCAUUGAACGAUAUCUGCAACUUUGUAACGAAGAACCUCGCGUGUUUCCUUCCCCUGAAAAGCUUGACAGACAACAUCAGGACUGCAAUAUGCAGGUCGCCUACAUGACCACUCCGGCCAACUACUUCCACAUUCUGCGACGACAGAUGAACCGACAGUUCAGAAAACCACUGAUUGUCUUCUUUUCGAAGUCCCUUCUACGUCACCCAUUGGCUCGCUCGGAUAUUGAGGACUUUACCGGCGACUCCCACUUCCAGUGGAUCAUCCCUGACCCAGAGCACGGCAAAACUAUCGCAGACCCCGACGAGAUCGAUCGUAUCAUCCUUUGUUCCGGUCAAGUCUACGUCGCUCUGCACAAGCACCGUAGCGAGAAGGGUCUCAAGAACACCGCCAUUACGCGUAUUGAGCAGCUCAACCCAUUCCCAUGGGCCCAGCUUAAGGAGAACCUGGAUACCUACAAGAAUGCCAAGACCAUCGUCUGGUGUCAAGAAGAGCCCUUGAACGCCGGUGCUUGGAGUUUUGUCCAACCGCGUCUCGAGACGUUGUUGAACGAGACGGAGCAUCACAACAGACGCCACGUGAUAUAUGCAGGACGCGAUCCUUCGGCGUCGGUUGCCACUGGUCUCAAGGCCAUGCACGUCAGGGAGGAACAGACACUGUUGGAGGAUGCCUUCAACGUGACGCAGGAUAAGUUGAAGGGCGAGUGA